AUGCUAUUAGCUUUAUUUAUUCAAUAUUCAUCACCUCUUGAAUGUUAUUUUGAUGUGGAAGAGAAGCCAGAGAGAAAUUCGACUGAACAAGUGCAUUGUGUUUGCGGCAGUUAUUGUUCUUCUAUGUAUUACAAGUUUGAAAAAGUCUACCUCCGGGAUUGUGGCUGUUUGGUUGAUGAGAAUGGAACAACGUUGCAUAUUUGCCUGAAAGAAGGAAGGAACGAGUUCAAUGGUUCAGACGUCGAUUGCUGUUCGAGAAAUCUCUGCAAUGGAUCCUCGGAAAUUUCCCGACAAUAUCGAGUCGGGCAAAUGAAUCGAUUUGCUCUUGACUUUUGGAUGAGUGGUGCA